UUGUUUGUUUGGCAGCUGUCGUUUUAGCCAGCCCUGCUAAAAAUAAACAGGCACCAGCCUGUUCUCGCGAUUGUGGUGAUAAAUAUGAGCCCGUCUGUGCCAAAGCCAAAAAUGGCAGUAAGGAACGUCUUUUAACUUUUGGCAGUGAUUGCGUAAUGGCCAACUAUAACUGUCAACAUAGUGAUGAUCCAUACGAGAUGAAAUCUAAAGGUGAAUGCGGUGGCAAUGUUAGCGUGCGUUUGUCUUAAUUGUUUUGCUGCAAACAAUUGUUAAUUGAGUAGACAUUAAAACCAUUAUACUUUCACAUAUGAAUAUGUAUUUUUUUUUAUUAACAAUAAAGCUUUAUAUAAUAUAUUUUGA